AUGGAUAGUGUUAAUGUUGAGGACAUAUAUAGGGCUUAUGAAGUAAUCGAUCGAGCGAGUGAUUAUGGCGAGGAGGUUAAGAAAUCAUACAGAACAAUAAUUAAUGGAGCACACGGAGAAAGUAAUUGUAAGCGUCUUGCCGCACAAUUCAUCCCACGAUUUUUCGGAAAAUUCCCUGAAUUUCACGAGACAGCCAUCGAUGCUCUGUUUGAUCUCUGCGAAGAUACAGACUUGAAUGUGCGAUUAACUGUUAUAAAAUAUUUACCAAAUGUCGUCAGAGAAUCUGACAAAGUUGCGGUGCGGAUUGCUGAUGCUCUGGUACAGUUACUUCAAAAUGAGACAGCUCAAGAAAUUGCCGCCGUGAGAAAAGCUCUCGAACAAGUUAUUCGGUUAUCACCACGUGAUUCUAUUGUUGCGAUCUUCCAGCAAUCGUUAAAGGGUUCACCCGAAGUACGGAAUCGGACAAUUAAUUUUUUGUCGAAUGAUUUGAAUCGCUUCAAAGAAGAGUUAUUCGAGAAAGGGGAGGAUGUUGAAGCAUGUUUUGCCAAUGAAGUGAAAAGAGCACUUCAUGAUGCUAGUAUUUCAGAAUUUGAGAUAUUUAUUAAAAUGCUUCUACCGCUUAAGAUAUAUCGACUUGAGAAUAAAGAUAAUUUAAAAGAAUUGGUUAAUGUAUUAAUCAACUCGAUCGUUACAGGAGACGAAAAAUUUGAUCCUACAGACCAUACCAAAAUACAAAAGCUUUUUUUGUGUGGGAAAACUCUUAUACAAUAUUUCGAGAAAGGUGUAAAAAGCACACCAUUCCUUGCCUUCCUUGUGGACAAAAUCCUACCCAAGGAGAUAUAUUCUAGAUUACAGGAACGACACCAGAAAAUGAUUCUAAGAUUUCUAGCAGAAUGUAUUAGUGGAAAACACAAUGAAGCGACGAUCAAAAACGCUGCUCCAUUAGUAAAAGAGUUAUUUAUUAAUGAAAUACCACCCCCUGGAGAAGAUACUGAAAUAGAGCCAAAACUUGAUUUACCGAGAGUCGAAUAUAUUGUUUUUGCUUUAUAUUGCAUUGCUUCUAAGAUUCCAGAAAUAGUUGAAGGACAGGAAAUGAUUUCACGGUUCCGGAACCUUUACGCCGUUGCUAUAAAAUGCAUUUCACGUAUUAAACAAGGAUUGAAGGAUUUACAAAAGCGUGGGUCAAAGGAUCAAGAGACAAUGGAGGUUGAUAUCACGACUUAUCAAUAA